CGCGGUCUAAACGGCGAGUGGCCCUUUUAGAGCGCCGUAGAGCUCCUCCGGGCGGUUAGGAGUUGUUGAGUGUCGUUGGCGGAAGCGGCGCUCCAAGAUGGCGCUGGCCGAAGCGAGUGCUCGGUUUCCUGAGGGGGCGCCGGCCGCUGAGCGGCUAGACCCGCUUUCUCGCUUCACGUGCCCGGUCUGCUUGGAGGUCUACGAGAACCCCGUGCGGGCGCCUUGCGGCCAUGUCUUCUGUAUGCUGUGCAUUCAGGAAUGUCUUAAGCCGAAAAAGCCAGUUUGUGGAGUUUGCCGCAGUACCCUGUCUAAUGGCAGCAGAGCUUUGGACUUGGAAAAGCAAAUUGAAAUGACAGAGACCACUUGCAAUGGCUGCAGUAAAAAAAUGUACCUCUCCAAGUUGCGUAGUCAUGUCGCUUCUUGCUUGAAAUACCAGAACUACAUAAUGGAAGGUGUUAGAGCUGUGACUAAAGAUCCACCACAGAAUACAAGGAGUGUCCCAAAUAGGUUUACAUUUCCAUGCCCUUACUGCAGUGAGAGAAACCUGGACCAGGAAGGGCUGGUAGAACACUGCCGGAAGUAUCACAGCCUGGAUACCAAGCGAGUGGUCUGUCCAAUAUGUGCAUCAAUGCCAUGGGGUGACCCAAGCUAUAGAAGUGCUAACUUUAUGGAGCAUCUUCAGCGACGACAUCGGUUUUCUUAUGAUACUUUUGUGGAUUAUGAUGCUGACGAAGAUGAUAUGAUUGCUCAAGUUAUGUUGCGUUCUUUGAGGGAUCAAUGAACAAAACAAGAAAUAAACUCUUAAUACUUGGCUUCCAUUAGGGAAAAAUAUAUCCCAGACACUCAUUACCCCAACAUUCUCCAGCAUCCAUAAAGUGAAGAGUUCAACUUCAUUAUGUUUUAUUUUACUGCUUAUUUCUUUCUAGUGAUCUUGCUAAUACACUGCAGGGAAUGUUUUGUUCAUUUUUUAUUUGAGGAUAAUUUCAGUUUGUGUUGCUUUCUUCCAUUUCAGCCUACUUCUGAGUUCUCCAAACUAAACCUCCUGAAGCAUUGCAAUAAUUUUAUCCUGCAAGCAGCCUCUUAAAAACUGUAUCAUUCUCUUUUGAAUAUUGAUCAAGUGUUAGAAACUAGAUAUUUUGCUGGGCAUUUGACAGUUCUGGUUAUUGGCCUCAGGUGACAAAACAGGUUUGUGUUCUUUUGACUAGAAAAAUGGUUAGCUUGACUUCAUACAAAGAUAUAUGAACACUUUGAUCUGCCCUUAAGUCUCUAAGCACAGUAUUGCAUUUCCAUAGCAGACUCACAUUUUGAUUUAAUAACUUGAGAGUACCUUCCAUGAGCUUGGAGGGAAAUCUCCUGUUUGUCACUACUUUUCCACCACUAAUGUUAAGUGUGACUUGGGUUUUUUGUUUUGUUUUUUGCAAGACAGAUGGAUUCAAAGAGGUUAAUGUAAUUUCUGGUUUCCUGAGCUCAAAAAUGCCCUUGUAUAUUUCUGCCACUAUACCUAGAAAUGAAAACAAUUCCACAGUAGCAAACAAGUUAAUUUCUGAUUCUUCAGACAUUGCAAAUUCUGGACCGCUGAGCGCCAAGUAAAGUUUCAUUGAAUUUAUGCUUCUGUAUGUAAUAGAAAGAUUGUCAUAUGUGAAAAGUUCCAUGCAGAGAAUUCAGUGUCUGUGUGCUGAAAUUGGUGUCUGUGCCGACAUCUUGAUUAUUUUCUUCUGUAGUUGAGAAGGCUAGCAGUCCAGUGAAUCGGGUCUGAUUAUCAGUCAAUUCUUGAUAUCUGAAGACAACUACUGGCUUAACUACAUUUUUUUUGGGGGGGGGGGUGACAGUGUCUGAACGCACUGCCAUGUAGUAGUCUGAACUACAUGUUCUGAAUAAUCUGAGUUUUUAAUGGCUGUGUAAAUCUUGCCUUAUGGUGGAACAUUCAUAAGUCAUGUUCAGUGUGCAAAAAUAGAUGAGCUAGUAUCAGACAGUAAGUAUGAGAACUGGGCUUAAGAUUGCUUAAGCAGUUGUGUUGGGGACAUUGGAACAGUUUAUUCUGUGUAUUAACUGCCUUCUGAUAACUGUUGUGACAACCAGACUGUCCCUGGAGUGAAUUCUUGCACAAAUUGGAACGCACAAUUCAGCCAGUCAUGUUUUGAAAUUGAGACUGAAGACUAUGCAAGCUGUUGGACAACUUAGCAUUUGGCGGAUUUUAAGCUGUCUCAUGAUUGGUUCCUAUGGCAUGAGUGUCUGGACUACUGGAAAGACCCACACUUACAAUCCACAUGCUGCUUUUCAGGAAGUGCUCCAUUUUUAGAUGACUAAACUGAUUUUAAAACUAUAUCAAAAAUCCUGUGAUUUUUAACCCUCUUUUUCUUGCACUGAACCAUUCCAGUAGUGAUAAUUUUUGGUAAGAUUGGUCAACAUACAAAGUGUGCCCAUUGUGUUGUGGGGGCUUCAGAUCUCCUCCCCCCCCCCUCAUGCCAUAGUCUUCCUGUGGCCCACCAAAAGUUCCUCUUGGAUGCUGGGAGGGAAAAUGCUGGCAUUUGGUAUGGUUGGGCAAGGUAGAAAUGGAAGCUGUGGAUGGUAAUCUGUACGCGUGCAGAAGAAUUUCGGCAUGUACAGUAUCUGGAUCCUGGCAACUCCUCUUGCUAUUUCAGCAAAUGACAACAUUCUACAGAAUUUAUAGAAACUGGGUAUCCUACUACACAAAUGUAUCUGACUACUUUGUUCUCAUACUCUAAGUGCACUUCUAGCAAUUUUAAUAAUUUUAGAACUUCAAAACUAUCUCGUUCUGGCUUUGAAAAUAAAUGUAGUAAUUUAAA